AUGUCUCGUCAGCGUCGCCCAGUACAGGGGAAAGAGUCGGACAGCCCAGAAACUUCGCUGGCAAGCUCUGUACUCGAAGUACCCCCCAAAGCGAUGAAGAAGCUUCUUCACUGGGAUGAUUUGCCUCAUUGGCAGCGCGAUAAUCACCACAUCCAUACCGGAUAUCGCCCGGCCUCGUCCUCAUUUUCGGUCUCGUUUCAAUCGCUUGGCUACUUCCACAAUGAGACAGUCAAUAUUUACAGUCACCUUCUACCCGCGAUUUUAGCCGUCCCUGCAGCUUAUCUGCUUUACCAUGCCUUAGAGCCUCGCUAUCAAACCGCAACUGACUCUGACAUCGCUGCGUUUAUCUCCUUUUUUGCAGGUGCUGCUUUCUGUCUGGGGAUGUCUGCAACAUAUCACACAAUCUCCAAUCAUUCACCAGCAGUUGCUCGUAUCGGCAAUUCGUUUGACUAUAUUGGCAUUGUAGGCCUCAUUGUUGGUAGCUUCGUCCCCAGUAUCUUCUAUGGGUUUUACUGUGUGCCUGAGCUCCAACACCGAUACUGGACCAUGAUCUGCACCAUUGGGCUAGGCUGCGUGUGUGUCUCAAUUCUCCCACGGUUCCGAACCCCCCGCUGGCGCCCAUACCGGGCUGCCAUGUUUGUCUGGAUGGGCCUGUCGGCCGUCUUCCCCGUGCUCCAUGGUCUGGCCCUUUUUGGGUUCGAUCGCAUGCGACGGCAGAUCGGACUCAGCUGGCUUUUGCUCCAAGGCUUCUUGUAUAUUCUUGGAGCCGCUAUAUACGCGGCACGGGUCCCUGAGAGACUAUGGCCCGGUAAAUUUGACCUCGUCGGUAGCUCUCAUCAGAUAUUCCACGUGCUAGUCGUUUGUGCGGCAGUGGCUCAUCUGACAGGGCUGCUCAAGGCAUUCGACUAUCGGCACAGCGGUAGUGCCGAGAUUUGUUAG